AACAACCGGUUUACAUUUUAAAGUAAAAGUUGAAACAAGCCUCUCCCUAACCGGCAACAUGGCUGACGAAGUUGCGAUUUUGACAGCUCGUGCAAUCCAAGCUGAAGCUGAAAUUGCUGCAUUGGAAGCAGAAAUACAGCAACUACAUGAUCCCCAAAGACUUCUUGCAAAUGGCAUCAUCUCACCAGAGCUUGAGAAACUGAGGACAGAAAAUGCAAAACUCAAGUUCCAAAUUACUCAUUUAGAAAGGAACAUUUCCCGAGAGCAGUCUCGCAGUCCUGAUCACAUGGUGAACAUCAGUCAGCUGGUGACGGACGUGUUUGCUCUAGCCAUCCGUCUGGCCUACCCCGACCUGGAAGACAUCCCAGUGCUGAUCCAGAACAGCAAAUUUGCUGAUUAUCAGUGCAACAGUGCCAUGGCCAUUUGCCAGAAACUGAAGUCCCAGGGUGAGAAGGUCACUCCCCAGCAGGUGGGGACCCAAAUCAAGGACCAGAUACCGCCAGUAGACUUCUUUGAAAAGCUGGAAGUCACUGGACCAGGCUUCAUCAAUGUUUAUUUGAGCAAGGCCUACGUAGGCCAGCAUGUUAAUGGUAUCCUGGAAAAUGGCGUCAGACCUCCGCGUAUUCUGGCAAAGCGAAGGGUCGUCAUUGACUUUUCAUCUCCAAACAUAGCCAAGGAAAUGCAUGUUGGUCAUCUUAGGUCCACCAUCAUUGGAGAAAGUAUAAGCAGGCUGUUAGAGUGGGUGGGGCAUGAUGUUCUGCGCCUCAAUCACCUGGGUGACUGGGGCACGCAGUUUGGAAUGUUGAUUGCCCAUCUGAAGGACAAGUUUCCCAACUACCUCUCUGUCUCGCCACCCAUAUCUGACCUUCAGGCAUUCUACAAGGAAUCCAAGGUUCGUUUUGACGAAGAUGCCGAGUUUAAGAAGCGGGCCUACUCUGCCGUUGUUCAACUGCAGAGCCAUGAUCCGGAUCACAUAAAGGCUUGGAACCUCAUCUGUGACGUCUCAAGGAAAGAGUUUCAGAGAGUGUAUGACAGAUUGGGUGUGCGGAUACUGGAGAGAGGGGAGUCGUUCUAUCAGGAUCUCAUGAAGGACGUGGUCCGAGAACUGGAUGAUCUAGGAUUAACAUUGAUGGACGAAGGUCGCAAGGUGAUGUUUGUAGAAGGUCAGCAAAUUCCGAUGACACUGGUCAAGUCUGACGGAGGUUAUACAUAUGACACAUCAGACAUGGCUGCAAUUAGACAUCGCCUCAAGGUGGAGAAGGGAGACUGGCUCAUAUAUGUAGUGGACGCAGGACAGGGCACCCACUUUGACCUGAUCUUCGGUGCAGGACAGAAGGCUGGAUACUACAACCCAAAGUUGUCCAGAGUAGAGCAUGUGGCAUUUGGUGUUGUCCUAGGUGAAGACAAGAAGAAGUUCAAGACCCGGUCAGGUGACACAGUGCGGCUGGUAGAUCUGCUGGAUGAGGGACUUGCCCGUACCGGACAGAAACUGGUGGACAAAGGGCGGGACAAGGAGCUGUCAGCGCAGGAGUUCAAGGCGGCCCAGGAGGCGGUGGCGUACGGCUGCAUCAAAUAUGCAGACCUCUCUCACAACAGGUGCAACGACUACAUCUUCUCCUUUGACAAGAUGCUGGAUGACAGAGGCAACACAGCUGCCUAUCUACUCUACGCCUACACACGAAUCAGGUCAAUCGCCCGAACUGCAAACAUAAGUCCAGAGCAGCUUCGAACCGCAAUCAAGAAGGAAGGGGUGUCGCUGUCAGACGAGAAGGAGUGGAAGCUGGCCAAGUGCAUCCUGCGUUUCUCGGAGGUUGUGUCCAAGUGCCUCGAUGACCUCCUGCUGCACAGCCUGUGCGACUACGUGUACGAACUCUCCUGCACUUUCACCGAGUUCUACGACAAGUGCUACUGCAUUGAAAAGGACCGCAACACUGGGGCAAUACUGAAGGUGAACAUGGGGCGUAUACUUCUCUGUGAGGCCACAGCAAACAUCAUAGCUGCUGCCUUCCACAUUCUGGGCAUCACACCCGUAGAGAAGAUGUGAUUUGGCAAUGGCUGUCAUAUGACCCAUGUCAUAUCCAAUGAAAUGGCUGUAUUUACUGUACUGUAUAAGCAUUAUGUAUAAAAGAAUGACCCGUGGAUAAUUUAUGAUUAGUUUUCCAAUCGUUAUUUUGCAAAUUUUGCUAAAAGUUUUGUUAGCAAAAAAACAUGGAUAUUUGUGAUGGUUUAAAUGAUUUGUUUAAGUAAAGUUGAUGAUGGACUGUUUCAGCAUAUCCUAUGUCACUAAAAUGGCUUAAUACUUGAUAAUAUGUGUAAACUUUUGUUUGAAAAGGAAAUAAAACAAUAAUGAUAGAAGUGUU